CCGAGAUAAUGACAGAGGAGCAGCUACUACUGCUUCAGACAGACACUGGGGGCCAUGAGCAUGAAGUUCACAGACCACUGAUAGUCUACUGAUCACAGUUUGGGAAGUUUAGGUGUUACAGAGUGAUAAGGAAACUGAAUGGAUGGAGGAGAGAGUGUUCAGGCAUAUAUGAAUUAUGCCUGAAGCUAUAGAAUUUAUUGUUUUGUUUGGUUCUAAAUUUGCAUGGUUUGAUCUUUGGAUAUAUCAAAUUGUUGGACUAGUCCUGUACAUUUUCCCAAAAUAAAUAUUGGACCCAUGAAAACAACAAUGUUUAAGCCACAGGUUACUGGUCAGUACAUCAUGGGAAACAGUGGUGAACAUGGCAUGAUGUCUUUCUCAAACCAGAUGAAGAAGCAGUUGGGUGAUAACGAAGCUAUUACUCAGGAAGUAGUUGGCUGUGCCCAUGUGGAGAAUUAUGCAUUGAAAAUGUUUCUUUAUGCAGAUAAUGAAGAUCGAGCCGGCCAAUUUCACAAAAAUAUGAUUAAGUCAUUUUAUACUGCAAGUCUUCUAAUAGAUGUCCUGACUGUGUUUGGAGAACUAACAGAUGAGAAUGUUCAACACAGAAAAUAUGCCAGGUGGAAGGCAGCAUAUAUUCAUAACUGUCUAAAGGAUGGAGAAACACCACAAUCUGGACCUAUUGGAAUGGAAGGGGAAUAUUACGAAAAUGAAGAAGUUGGCUCCCCUGCUCUACCCAAUCAAGAAUCUCAGUCGUCAUCUUCUGCGUUUGAACCAAGCAAUGUGUCCACGAGCAAUUACACUGGCAUACAAAUCCCACCCGGCGCUCAUGCACCAGCUAACACUCCUGCUGAAGUGCCUCAUAGCACAGGUGUAACAAGCAGUACAAUUCAACCCACUCCUCAGAAUGUUCCAAUAGUAGAUCCUUCUUUUUAUAAUGUCCAACCUACCGGGGAAAUUCGUUUGAGCCCCGAAGAUUUUGCCAAGGCCCAGAAAUAUUGCAAAUAUGCUGGCAGUGCUUUGCAGUAUGAAGAUGUGAACACUGCUGUGCAGAAUCUACAGAAAGCCCUCAAGUUACUGACUACAGGAAGAGAAUGAUGCCUUUGUCCACUGGAUUCAUGGCUUACACUUCAAGAACUUAACAGUCCAUUAGUCCUGCCUUCAACCUGUCAGGCAAACACAGUUGCACAAAAGCUUUUGAUUUCUUUGACAAGAAAACAAAAUCUGUGUCUCUGUUAUCGAAUUCUUUCUGUAGUCUAGUCUGGAACUACAGCCUGUCUUCAUUUCUUGGCAGAGAAACAAGAACCAUCUGGGGAUAGUGGUUUGAACUCAAGAUGCCACAUUGUAGGCACUUCUAGUCCAGUGUUGCAGAAUGCCCCAACAUUUGUACUACUUAUUAAAAAUACAUUUAAUUUUAUUUUUUUUUAAAUGGGGGGUAGGGAGUCUGUUAGAUUGUGCAUUUGUCGGGAGUAUCAAACUUAUUUGGAAAUACAGUAGGGUUUAAAAGUUCAAGUGAUGAUUGCGGAAAGAGUGCAGUACACCAUCAGAUUGUGAUAUGCCAAAAAGAGGCAGAACAAGGCUCCCCCCCCCCCCCGGCUUAGGAGCACUCAAAUCAAGCUAGAAAGAUUGGAAGCGUUAAAGAUAUUUCAGGCAAACCAUCUUAAUAGUUCCUAAUUGCAGUACUCAUCAAAUCUCUAUGAUCUGUUUUGUUUCUGGGGCUUUUUGCAUAUAAAAGGAAGGUGCAUCUGAAAUCUGAAGGCCAGCCCCAGAUAUCCUAAACUUUGAGAACAUUUGUGUUUAGUUCUAAACCUUAGAAAGAGGCCAUAACUAUAAUGAAAUAUUUGGGCUAGGUGUUUUUGGGGUUUCAGGAUAUGUUUAUUUGCAUCUAUUGCCAGAUAGUAAAAUAGCUACAUAAGUUUGUUUUCCACUAAUACUGGAUUGUAGACUCCAUUAAAGCAUCUUGCACCCCA